ACGCUUCCCCAUUAUUAAACACUAUGUGCACAGGGCGCCGGGGGACUGCCCGCAGCACGGAGCCCGCGCCGCCCGCCCGGCCGCCCGGCGCACGGAGCCCAUGGACCUGGGCGCGGCCGCCGCGCUGUGCCUCUGGCUGCUGAGCGCCUGCCGCCCCCGCCACGGGCUGGAGGCCGCCGCGGUGCUGCGGGCGGCGGGGGCCGGGCCGGCCGAGGGCCCGGGGGGCGGCGGGCGCACCCCCAGCGCCGCCGCCGCCCCGGCCGCCGCCCCGGCUCCCCCCGGGCCCCGCGCCCCGCGCCGCGCCCCCGGCUCCGGCUCCGGCUUCAGGAACGGCUCGGUGGUGCCGCACCAGUUCAUGCUGUCGCUGUACCGGAGCCUGGCCGGGAGGGCUCCGGCCGGGGCCGCCGCCGCCAGCGCCGCCUCCUCCCCGGGCUCCGGCCGCCACGGCCGCGCGGACACCAUCACCGGCUUCGCGGACCAGGCGACCCAAGACGAAUCGGCCUCCGAGACGGGCCAGCGGUUCCUGUUCGACCUGUCCGGCCUUCCCGACGCCGACGAGGUGGUGGGCGCGGAGCUGCGCGUGCUGCGCCGCGGGCCCCCGGAGGAGCCCCCGGAGGCGCCCCCGGGGCCGCCGCCGCUGCUGCAGCUGUCCACCUGCCCCGCCGCCGCGCGCGCGCCGCGCCUGCUGCUGUCCCGGGCCGCCGAGCCCGUGCGCGGGCAGCGCUGGGAGGUGUUCGACGUGGCGGCCGCCGUGGGCAGCCACCGCCGCGAGCCGCGCGCCCCCCGCGCGCUGUGCCUGCUGCUGCGCGCCUGGGCGGCGGGCCCGGCGCGGGGGCCGCUGGCGCUCGGGCGCCUGGGCUUCGGCGGCGGCGGCGCGGCGGCGGCGGAGGAGCGCGCGCUGCUGGUGGUCUCCUCCCGCGCGCACCGGAAGGAGAGCCUGUUCCGGGACAUCCGCGCCCAGGCCCGCACCCUCGGGGCCGCGGGACAGUCGCCUGAGCCGGGCCCCGGCGCCCCCGGGGCGCUGAGCGCCGUCCUGGGCGGCCGCAGGCGGCGGCGGACCGCGCUGGCCGGGGCCCGGGCCGCGCAGGGCGGUGCCGGCGGCGGGGGCGGCGGCGGAGGAGGCGGCGGGGGCGCGGGCCGCGGCCACGGCCACGGGCGCCGGAGCCGGACCCGCUGCAGCCGCAAGCCGCUGCACGUGGACUUCAAGGAGCUGGGCUGGGACGACUGGAUCAUCGCGCCGCUGGACUACCAGGCGUACCACUGCGAGGGCGUGUGCGACUUCCCGCUGCGCUCGCACCUCGAGCCCACCAACCACGCCAUCAUCCAGACGCUGCUCAACUCCAUGGCGCCCGACGCGGCGCCCGCCUCCUGCUGCGUGCCCGCGCGCCUCAGCCCCAUCAGCAUCCUCUACAUCGACGCCGCCAACAACGUGGUCUACAAGCAGUACGAGGACAUGGUGGUGGAGGCGUGCGGCUGCAGGUAGCGGGCGGGCCGGGGCGGGGAGGGGGCAGCCGCGCCGCCGCCGAGGACCAGCUGAGGGCUGCGCCUGGCGCCCAGGGAGGUGGGCCGGUCGGUCGCCCGGCCGGUCGGACUCUGGCCCCGCGCGCGCCCGCCCGCACGGAGGAGAGAACGCGCGGGUUCACACUCACGCCCACAGCUCGUUUACGCACCACCCAGCUGACCGUGACUGCACCUGCAGGCCCUGGGCGGAUGGCCGAGCGCUGGGGAUGGCACAGCCACGCGCUCUCGGCGGCAAACGGGUCACCGAGGCACCCAGCGCCUCCUCUGGGGAGAGGGGUGUGUGUGUUCACGCUCAGAUAACAGACACGACGCCAGGUAGGAACAGGCUAGGGAACUGCCGGCUCCAGAAUGGGUGAGCUGAAGGGGUACCUGCUUCACUGUGAUCUCACCCCUCUUUGUUUCUGGCUGGGUGGCUGAGUACUGGGUGUUGGGCCCGGGCCCGGCAGGCAGGGUCGUUUCUGAAGGUUUGGGGCACACCGCUGUGGCCAGCCAUGCAGGGAAGGAGCGGCUGCAAAGGCCUUGUUGCUUUUCUUUGACUUUUAAGGUGGAAGGUGUCCCCGCUCCGUUUUUGACAGGGAGCGUUUGUCAGAGCGCACGGAUCUUCCUAGAUCUCUGCCGAGGCCAGCGCCCACCCCCACCCCCUCUCUCUCUUUAAAAACUAGUUCCUGUUGCCAGUGAUCUAGAAAGCGGAAAAUAUAUUCUUCUUUGGGAGGGGGAGUGACUUAGGGGAGAGGUUUUCAACCGCAAGUCUGAUCUGACAUGAAAGGGUGAAGUGGCUCUGCUGCUCCUGAGCCAGGCAGCCAGGGGUGGCGGCCGUGGCUGGGGGGGUGGGGGUGGGGAGUGCAGGUCUCAGCGGGAGGCUAGUGCGGUGUCAGGAUGGGGGCGGGAGGAAGCCAUGGCUUUCUCUCUCUGCCGGGAGGUUGGUUUUCCUAGGGAUCUACGGGGAGGCGCCAGGGCUUGGGAGAGGCAGGGCUGCCUGGCUGGCUU